ACCAACUAUUUUGCUCGAAUAAACAACAGUUUGAUAUCUUCUUAUUAAUCUUUUUGUUAUCGCGGGAGUUCUUAUAAAUACAAAUAGCCGGCAGAGUUAAAGUUCAGUUGGUUCAUUCCGAUCUCUUUCUCACCACAAUGCUGAGGUCAAGUGUGAUAUUUUUGAUAGUUUGUGUACUUGUUGCAAAUGCUUUUGUCAGAGUGCCUUUAUAUAAGGUGAAGUCCGCUAGACGCAGUUUACAAGAAGUGGGCACACAUGUACAACAAGUCCGUAUGAGAUAUGGGGGCCCAACUCCUGAACCUCUCUCCAACUAUCUAGAUGCCCAAUAUUACGGUCCGAUUUCAAUUGGGAACCCCCCGCAGAAUUUCAAGGUUGUUUUUGACACCGGAUCAUCCAAUUUAUGGGUGCCUUCCAAGAAAUGUCAUUAUACAAACAUAGCUUGCUUGCUACACAAUAAGUAUGAUUCUUCACAAUCAAAAACCUACAAGAAAAACGGGACUGAUUUUGCAAUUCAGUAUGGAUCAGGGAGUUUGAGUGGGUUUUUAUCAACCGAUGUUGUUACAGUUGGUGGUUUGAAUGUACAGCAGCAAACAUUUGCAGAAGCCAUGAGCGAACCAGGUUUGGCAUUUGUUGCCGCUAAAUUUGACGGAAUUUUAGGAAUGGCUUACAACCGCAUCUCAGUUGAUGGUGUCACUCCAGUUUUCUAUAAUAUGAUGCAACAAAAUUUAGUCGCCCAACCCGUCUUCUCAUUCUACCUUAAUAGAGAUCCAAGUGCUCCACAAGGUGGCGAAAUCAUUUUGGGAGGAUCUGAUCCUGCUCACUAUAAAGGAGACUUUACUUAUUUACCUAUUGAUAGACAAGCUUAUUGGCAAUUCAAGAUGGACAGCUUGAGUGUUGGCAAAAACACGUUCUGCGCAAAUGGUUGCGAGGCGAUUGCCGAUACCGGCACUAGUUUAAUUGCUGGACCUGUGAGCGAAGUUCAAGGAAUCAACAAAGCCAUUGGCGCUACGCCCAUUGUCGGAGGGGAAUACAUGGUGGACUGCAAUUUGAUUCCCAACCUACCACUGAUCGACUUCAAGUUAGGAGGCAAAAAUUUCACGCUAGAGGGAAAAGACUAUGUGCUUAGAGUGGCACAAAUGGGCAAAACUAUUUGCUUAUCUGGUUUUAUGGGGAUUGAUAUUCCCCCACCAAAUGGACCCCUAUGGAUUUUGGGCGAUGUAUUCAUCGGGAAGUUUUAUACAGAGUUUGAUUUAGGAAAUAACAGAGUUGGUUUUGCUGUCGCUGCUUAAAUAGUUUUCUGUUUAUAUAAUUCCAAAGAUUUUUUUGUAGAUUUCUACCAUUUUAAGUUGUAAAGCUUGUAGAUACCUUUAAUAAAGUUUUGUUGCAGUUUUCCUUAAUA